UGCUGGGCAAACAGACUCAGCCUUUCUAGAACAUAUAAAUAGCAGAGACGUUGUAUGUUAUAACUUUAAUUUGGGCAGAGAACUCCGGUGAAACAUCUGCAAAAUGUUCCCACUCAAAUUGAUUGUUUUUAUUGCCUUGGUUUCCACUGUUGCUGCAGGACCGUGGGGACAAAUAUGUGCUGGGAAUCCUUCAAACAAAGUAAGGGGCUGUGAUAUCAAAGGAUGUGGAAAAUACGGCGCUACAAGGAAAUCAAGAGAUGGCACCAUAAGACGACAUCUAGGAGUGGAUGUUGUAUGCAACGAUGGAUCAACAGUGUAUGCUCCUUUUAGUGGUACUAUUGAGAGAAAAGUUAUCCCCUAUAAAAUCAAUAAUGCCAUUAAUAAUGGAAUCCUACUCCGUGGAUCAGGUUUCUGCGUAAAAAUGUUCUAUAUCAAGCCUGUUAAAUACCAAGGCCAGAUCGCAAAGGGCAACAAAAUUGGAGUAAUGCUGCCAAUGCAAAAAGUGUAUCCUGGUAUAACAUCUCACGUUCAUAUUGAGAACUGUAACAAAUCAGAUCCUACUGGUAACUUAUAAAUGCAAAGUUACAUGAAAUGAAAACGUACAAAAUUUCAAACAAAAUCAACUGAGCAAACAAAAACAAGUUUCUUUCCUCCUUCCCAGAGACGCUGCCAAAAAAAUGUAAUCCAUGGGAAAGUAAAAGAUGUAUUAUGUAUACAGCAAAAUAAAAAUGUGUAUGUCA